UCUGUGAGGAACACAUCGCCAAUGAACUGUAGGACACGUUUUCUUUGGGUAACACGCCAGCACACUCCACUGGUCUAUUCUUCAGUGGUCAAGUGGGCGGAGCUUCGAGGAGCUGGAAGUAUAGCCCUUAUGAGAACUGAAGACGCCUAAAUUUUAAUAACUUAGAGAAAGUACAAUAAGCAAAUUAAAGUAUGAAAUAGCAACAAUCAAUAAUAGCAAAGACACUACAAAUAAAAGAAGAAAAAAAAAAGCCUGCACCAAGGUUCCGAAAUUUGUGCCUCGCCGAAUCAUCCACCCAGACCGUGUUGUCCUCACCGUUAAUGCUUCUACGCACAUUUCCUUCUCUUUCCUUCCUUCUGCCUGCUUGCUGAGGGAGAGAGAAGGGCGAGAAGUGACCAGAGAAGGCUUGAGAGAUGAGAGGGAGGAAAGACACGGCGAGAUAAAGGUGUCCAGGCCACGUGCCCUGAUGGUUUCUGACGUGGCUCACUCUGGCCAGCUUCCCCAAGGGUUCCUGCAUGAUUGGCCUAGGCAUGUGCUGCCAGGAGUAGUGCUGCAGUGGAGGGGUGAGGCCAGGCAGCAGCAUGAGUGAGCAGCAGCAGCAGCAGCAGCAGCAGCAGCAGUCUGCCUCAGGUGUGGGGAGGCAUAGGCAUGGUGGCAAGAAUCACCUGGAGGCAGGCAGCUCUGUCCACAGAGGAGAGAGCAAAUUUGAGUGUCAGCAGUGUGAUAAAACUUUUAGAUACAAAUAUGGGCUUAGGCAACACAUUCUGAGGCACAGUGGUGUUAGAAAUUAUGAUUGUUUUCAAUGUAGGAAAAAAUUUAUCACAAAGUCUGAGCUCACCACACAUGUCAUGACACACAGUGGUGUUAGAAAUUAUGAGUGUCUGGAAUGUGGAAAGAAAUUUACCAGAAAGUCUUACCUCACCAGUCACAGCCUGAUACACAGUGGUGUUAGAAAUUAUGAGUGUCUGGAAUGUGGAAAAAAAUUUACCACAAAACGUAACCUCACCACACACACCCUGACACACAGUGGUGUUAGAAAUUAUGAGUGUUUGGAAUGUGGGAAAAAAUUUACCACAAAGGGUGCCCUCACCAGACACAUGCUGGUACACAGUGGUGUUAGAAAUUAUGAGUGUUUGGAAUGUGGAAAGAAAUUUACCCAAAAGGGAUACCUCACCAGACACAGCCUGACACACAGUGGUGUUAGAAAUUAUGAGUGUGCUGAGUGUGGUAAAAGAUUUGCCUCCAGUUCUGAGCUAAAUAAACACACCUUCAGACACACUGGCUUGAGGGAGUUCAAGUGUGAUGUUUGUGGGAAGUGUUUCAAGACAAAGUGUGACAUUACCAGGCACAUGAGGAUCCACUACACCACAAACGGUGACCUCAUCACACACACCCUGACACACAGUGGUGUUAGAAUUUAUGAGUGUCUGGAAUGUGGGAAGAAGUUUAAUGCAAAGUCUCUGUUCACCAGACACUCCCUGACACACAGUGGUGUUAGAAGUUAUGAGUGUCUGGAAUGUGGAAAGAAAUUUACCCAAAAGGGUUACCUCUCUAGACACAACCUAACACACACUGUUGUUAAAAAUUAUGUGUGUGAAGAGUGUGGUAAAAGAUUUGCUUGCAGCUCUGAGCUCAAUAGACACGCCUUCAGACACACUGGCUUGAGGGAGUUCAAGUGUGAUGUUUGUGGCAAGUGUUUCAAGACAAAGGGUGACAUUGCCAACCACAUGAGCCUCCACUUUUGAGGUGGUGUGUUGUGUGGACCAGUGGGGGCACACCUGUGCCUGUGGGAUUGUGUGGCGGUGGUGGGCAGUGUGUUGUCUGUGGCGGCAGCUGUGCCCUUGUGUGCUGUGAGGGAGUAAUCAUGUGCCUAUGACUAGUUUUUGUGAGUUGUUCCUUUUCAACUUUGUAUUUAAGGUAAAGACUAACUUAAAAGUUUUGCUAAUGAUGUGUGGUGUUGUGUAGACUGUAAGUGAAGAAAUUAAUAUAUUGUAACCACUCUC